AUUUAUAAUAUAGUUUUGCAAAGUUUGGAUAAGAAGCAUUUCCAAAAACGCUACGAUACUCCAGACCCCGAUCGUCAAAACGUCUUCCAACAAUCGAAUGCUGCUUCCAUCUCUAUCAGGGAUCAGUAGAUCGACGGGCCGGCACUGUCAAGAACCCUAGUUCGUCGGAAAUCUCCAUACCCUAAGCUUCUUAAGAUGUACAGAGACACAGAUUAAAGGUCAAAUUAUCUUUGUGUGUAUAUACAUAGUGGCCGCGGUGGUUUUCUGGUAUACAAACAAAUAUAAUUAAAAGCAAUGCUGGAAAACCCCGUCGGUUCAUCAUCAUCCACGGCCAACAUCUCCGCCGUCAAACGUUAUGCUCCUCCUAAUCAAAGGAACCGGUCUCUUGGAAGGCGGAAAUCCGGAGGAGAUGGAUUGGAACGGGCAAAUAUAUAUGUGAAUGAUGGAGAUAAAAACCAAGUAGCUGCUUUGAGAAAUGUUCCUAUUCUGGAUCGACCAGAUCCCCAGCGCUUAAUUGCCUUGGAAGGAUGCUGCAACAGUGAAGCUUAUCAACUUCUGAACAACCGUUGGGCCGCUGCCAUGAACUCAUACGAAAAUCCCUCAACUGAUAUAGCUGAGCGACCCGUUAUGUAUUCAGGGAGUGGUGCAUCAUCCGGGGUUCAAAUUGGAUUUCCAUAUCAGAUGAUUCCCGCAACAUCUGGAGUUGGACCUUCAGGUCAUCAGAUUGAUUUCUUGAGCGAACUUAGGCUAGCAAUGCAUAACUCAAACGCGAGUUCCGACAAGUAACAUAAACUUAGUUGGAUCGCUUUUGGCUUCCAGAGUACGUUGAUCAAGCAUGAUCAAGAAUCUGUUGUACGUUUUCUUACCUUCCAUGUGCGCUUAUUGCUUCCUAAAGACGAUAUUUGACGAAAAAAAGUGUCUGAAUUUAGUCCCGUCUUGUGGUUAGAAAUGAUUGUAACAUGCAUUCAUGGCGCAUAAACUUGACGAGGCUAGGUUUUUUGGAAUAGUUGAUUUUUAAGCCAUCUAUUUGGUUUUUUGUUGCAAAACAAACCAUCACCCAUUGCGAGAAUAUGUAGUUUAAAGUCAUUCAUCUUGCAAAAAUGUGGUUCUUUUCGACGUUCACAAUGGUUCGCAAUGAAAAGUAAAUACGAUGGUUUAAAAGUCGGAUAAUUCCUUGUAAAAGAUAAAAGAGUUUCUCGUUUGUAAUCAUCCAUCAAAUAUUUGACAAAGCCUUGUAAUAUUCACAUAUGAAUCAUUCAACUUUAUUCUUGUU